ACAGCGCUCGCUCUCACCAUAUUGCGCAAUUAUCAGAGGGUGAUUGCGCAAUCUCUAUGUUGAUUUUUCUAUUUGCCCUAUUCCUGUACGUCGCUUGUACAUUUCUACCAAUGACAGGUUUCAGUGUAAUUUUAAUUAUAUUCAAAGCUAUCUAUCACUACAUUUAUCGGCUGCCCAUUUAUCACUAAAUUAAUAAGGAAUACGAAUAGCAAGUUUAUUUUGUUGCAUACAUAUUAGUUUUAUGCUAUAGGCUAGCUACAUAAUCCUAUUCACUCAUUCAACAACUCUAACGACAGGCAUUUCGGUCAUUCGAUAUCUGACCUAGAUCAUGUGACUGAUCAGCUGACCACAAUUAUUUAUUUUAUCCAUCGCAUUUAUUAUCGGUGGUUGUGUUUGUAUUGACUGGGUAUUGCGACAUCGCAAAGCAAUUCUCUUGUCAGCGAUUCGAUAUAAAUAGGGGUCCUGAAUUUGAGCUCCAGUAGCAUUAUUCGACUGCUAGAGAUUUUGAGAGAUGUCAGUAAGUUCUUCGGCCGAAGUUAGUGGAGAGGUGAAUAAAGAAGAAUGUCCUUGCACUAGUCAAAAUCGACAACAUACCCUCGACGCUGCAGAAAGUCUCGCCGAGCCAUCCGCGGACAAAAUUGCAGAAAACCCCGAUAGAGUUUCAUCCGGUAAAACAGCAGCCGAUUUGUCUGCGACUAGAGCAACGGAUAUUGUUUCAUCAGGGGAAAAGAACAUCCAAAAUGGAGCAGUAAAAGGUACAGAAGAAACCUCUGUCAAGUCCAAUACUGGACAGACAAACUACAAAGAGGACGAAAAGAAAGGAAUAAGUCCAGAAACACCAGGAGCAGAAGAUCAGCGCCAACGAGCUCAAAAGAAAGCUUGCUCUUUUUUUGUACGAUCCGGUCGAUGUCGCUAUGGACAGUACUGUAGAUUCCUCCACCCAGCUCAGUCCAAAUCUGAGGAGAGUGAAUAUGGGUCCGCAGUCAAACCUGAUGUUAAGACACCAUUAUCGAGCUCAGAAGGGAAAGAUUCCAAAACAAAACAGACUUGCAAGUUCUAUGCAAGGUCCGGAUGGUGCAGCUAUGGCUACAGAUGCAAGUUUGCACACGUGAGGAAAGAAGCUUUACCCGACAAGGAUUCCGAUGUAAAGUCUGGGUCACACCAGAAUCAGCCUACAGAGGGCGGUAUUGAGGAGGAGGAUGUCUUGGUGUCAUCCACCACGAAGCUUUCACUUGAUGAUGGAGCGGAGCAGGAACCGGAUGGGAGAAAGCGCUUCAAGAAGACCAAGACACCAAAGCAAAAGAGAUGCCGUUUCUAUGACAUGGGUCAUUGUCGUUCAGGGAAGAGAUGCCGCUUCUUGCAUGCAGAGAAAAAUGAAACUGUAGUAGAUAAUGAGGAUAAUGCACAUGAAGACUCCAAAGCUCCAAAGCAAGAGGACGAAGGCGGGUGGCAACCUGCUCGUAAACCGGUCGGACCGGUCACAAGCCGUCCAUUAUCUGAACUGAAGGAAGGUGAUGCAGCCAAGAUGCGGGAGACGGAGAUCACGCAGCUCAAGAAGAGGUUUCCUGGAGACAAACUGGUAGUGAGCGAUGACGGUGACAAUCCAUCGUAUCGCUUUACUAUCAAGCCAACAGAUCCUGACUGGCCUUAUGAUCUGAACGAGUUUGAUGUGUCUGCCAUCUUUCCCUUGGAUUACCCAGUCUCACCAUUACAAAUCAGCCUCCCGGAAGAUCAGGUCCUUCCUACUAUCAUAUUGAGACACAUUUCAGAUGCUGCGAUUGAGUGGUUGGAGGCUAGGGCUGCUACCAACAAACUUUCAGGGAGAGCAGAGCUCAUGAUGCGGCCAUUCCUUCGAUGGUUUGAUCGGAGUCUAAUGAGACUCUUCACAGAGGGCGCUAGGAAGUUUAAGAAGGAGGUGUAUGCUAAGGCUGCAGGCUUUGAAUUUAUCUCGUAUUCUGCAAAAGGAGGAGAGGAGGAACUGGUUGAUCAGGAAGAAUUGGACGCUCCCUCCCAUCCAAAGGAAGAAUUCAUCAACCAUGAGAUGGAUGAGAACCGAGAAGAAGCUGAGGGCGAUGAGGAAGAUGAUGAUGAUGAUGAUGAUGAUGAAGAUGAAGAGGAGGAUGCUAAAGAAGAGGAGGGUAUGGUAAUAGAGGGAGAUACCGAAAUACAGUCAGGUGACUCGACUCAAGCGGUUGCUGCAACAAGUUCCUCUUCACCCCCUCCAGACCAAUCGCCUCAAACACCCUCCAAGUACGUAUCCCCAACAGAGAACCGCCGCGGCACCGAAAUCCGCUUCCCUCGCAUGGAGAUGAGCGAGUUCGCUGCAACCCUCGCCUGCGAGAAGAUCAAGAUCCGGAUCCAGUGCUCCCGGUGCAAGGUCCAAACAGAUGUCGGCGUGGCUCCUGGUCUCGCCAUGGUCCUAGGAUGUUCUAAGUGUCAGAGCCAGCAGGCUGUGGGGUAUAGACCAUGCAUUAUUCAUCAGUUCUCAUCUGUGAUGGGUUUUCUUGAUCUCACUGGUUGCGUUCCUGUGGAUCUUAUCAUAUUUGAAUGCAAGUUCCUUGUCUCUUGUUUGGAAUGCUCUACAAAUUCCAUUAUUCAGGGCAUUCAAUACGGCCAAGAUCGUCUUGCGUGGUGCUCCAAAUGCCACAAAAAGAUGAGCGUUGCCAUGGAUACAGCUAGAUUCCAAAGACUUGUAGCUUCUGUACCUGAAGGUAAGACAGAGGUUGUUGCAGUGAAGAAAGAUAAGCGUCAAAAAGACCCUGCCAUUCGAGAGGGGUUCCCCCUACCAGCCAAUGGAACGUGCCAACAUUACAAGAAAAGCUUCAGAUGGCUCAGAUUUCCAUGCUGUGGUAAAUGUUACCCAUGUGAUGAAUGUCAUGACGUAGCGGAGCUGGAUCACGAGAUGAAAUUCGCCUCUCGCAUGGUUUGUGGAUUCUGCUCCAAGGAACAGCCUUACUCUGCUGACAAGCCUUGCCAAUCCUGUGGAUCUAAUGUUACCAAGUCCAGGACCACUCACUGGGAAGGAGGAACCGGAUGUAGGAACAAGACCAAAAUGAGCCGAACUGACAAACAGAAGUUUGCCAACUUGAGUAAAACUACAUCACGUCAUGCCAAGAAAGUGGAGGAAUUUCAAAAAGGGAAGAAAAAGAAAUAAACUUGUACCCCAACCUCCCCGGCCCACCCACAAGAACUGAAAUGGAAGAAACUAGUUUACCUCAAUUCAUUUGCUAUACAUAAGCCUGCAUGGUGUCAAUCCAAUUCAUAAUUUGCCAUUAUUUCAAAUCAAUCUUACAUGUUUAUUUUAUGCAAAUUAUUUACAUGUAGUUGUAAGUAAAAUAUAUCAACAAUAUUUCAUCUCAAGAUUGAACAUGCUUAGCAUAAUAGUGUGCAAAACGUAUGUGAUAGCAUGUAAAAUGUAAGAAAAAGAAUAAUGCUCUGUUUUUUGUAAACUUUCAAAGUGCAUUUGUGGCUGUAAUUAUGCUUACAAAACAAAGAAGAAUGUUGAAAUUUUCAAUAAUGUAUAAUUUGCUAUUAUUUCAUAUCAAUCUUAUAUUUUUUUAAGAUUAAGGUUGUAAAGAAGAUAUAUCAAAUGUUACAAUAUAUUGUCACUAGAAUGAAUAUGCUUAGCAUUAUAGUAUUGGACAAAAUGUAUGCAUUAGCAUGAAAAGGUAAGAACUAGUAUAUUGCCCUGCUUUUUUUUACUUUUUAAAGUUCAUUUGUAGCUGCAAAUAAGUUUGCAAAAGAAGAAUUUUUUCCAAUUUCAUCAUUAUUUUAUAUAUAUUUUUUUUCAUUAACAUUCCUUCCUUGGUUAUUUGUCUGGAUGGACACUGGGCUAAGGCAAGGGUAGAAGUUUUAGUUAAUUCUUUGUUAAUAUCACUCUCCAAAUAAAAUCAAUUGAUCAAUUGCAGUUCUCUUGUUGCUAUACAAAACUUUUCUCAACAAUUGUCUUAACUGUGAUUUUCAAGAUUGAACAAUUUUAGUAAUCAUUUAUGUUUUGAAAGAAACUUGGGCAAAAUGAGUGUAGAAUAGCAGAUGUAUGUUUCAUUUCUGUUUUGUUUAGAUUUUUAUUUUAUUCUAGGGCUUUUUGCUUCUUCAAAAGAAGAAUUCAUUUAAUGAAUAUGACAUGGAUAUAUCUCAAAAAUAAUUUGUAAAGAAGAUAUUUCUAUAAAUUACAAAUAACUGAAAUUAUUUUAUGUUGAAUCAAUUUAAUUGCAGUUGAUAAUUAAACACCUGAACAAUUAUAAUUUGAUAAUAAAAUCAUCACUAAUGAUAAAUCCGAAUGAAAUGUCACUUUCUAAAGAUGAUUCAUUUUUGAGGAGAUUAUAAGACACUGGUGGAUGUAAUAUUUGAUAUAA